UUGUUCCGAUACCACAGAAGAGAUGACCGUCGACAGCAGAGAAUCCAAAGAUUUGGGCGCACACGAGCUUAGCGAGGAGAAACAACAGCCGCAGCAGCAGCUUGAAGACGCGCAGCUCGAAAACCAGAACCAAACUAGCAACGCCUCCGAGCAGCCCGAGGAGACUGACAUGGAUCAGGACAUGGUCGAGGAGGCCCAGGCAGCGCAGGAGGCCAGCGCCAGUGUGGCCGACAGCUCGACGACGCCGCCGCGUAGUCCCACGCCCGAGCUGGUGCCCAAGCUGGAGCGAGCUGAUACGCCGGCGACGCCGCCUUCAGCGGCAGCCACGCCCAGCCCGCCGGCAACGCCCACACCACCGACAAUGCUGCCCAAGCUGCGUCUGAAUGCGCUGCUCGCCUCCGAUCCGGCUCUGAAGCCGGACGCCAAGGAGCUGCAUCCGCACGAGCCACGCCUGCUGGCGCCACCGCCGCAGCUGGCCAAGCCCGAGCAGAGUCUGCCCGAUGCCAGCAGCCUGGUGGAACCGCUGCUGAAGCCAGCGCGGUUUAUGUGCCUGCCCUGCGGCAUAGCCUUCAGCUCGCCCUCAACGCUGGAGGCGCACCAGGCCUACUAUUGCUCGCAUCGCAACAAGGACGCCGACGAGGAGAUGACGCCCGCCGGCGACAAGCUGACAUCCGGCACAGCAGCUGGCUCCGGCUCCGGCCCCGGCAGCAAUGCCAACAGCAGCUCCAGCGGCGGCAGCUCCGGCUCAGAGCCACCAGCAAAAAUGGCGCGCACGGGCAAGCAAUACGCGUGCACGCAGUGCUCCUACAGCGCCGACAAGAAGGUCUCCCUCAAUCGGCACAUGCGCAUGCACCAGACCUCGCCGGCGGCGCCCAGCCUCAACAGCCUGGUGGCCAACGGCGGGGUUGGUGGCGUUGCCACGGCCGGUGUGCUCGAGGAGAGCUCUAGUCAACAAAUCGAUCGCUACUGCAGCGACUGUGAUAUACGCUUCAACAACAUCAAGACCUACCGCGCCCACAAGCAGCACUAUUGCAGCUCCCGGCGCAGCGACGGACAGCUGACGCCCAAGCCGGAGGCUAGCGCCGGCACGGGUCCCCCCGCCGCAACAACAGCUCCAACUGCCGCCGCAGCGGGCAAGCACAGCGGCGCCCACAGUCCGCAGAGCACGCGCAACAAGACACCCACGCCGGCAAUGGUUGCUGCUGCUGCUGCGGCUGCGGCUGCCGCAGCUGCUGCCGCCGCCUCGCUGCAGGUGGCGCCGCCGCAACCCUUUCUGGCGCUGCCCACCAAUCCCAUCAUUAUAGUGCCCUGCUCGCUCAUACGCGCAGCCAGCCUCAUACCGGGUCCACUCACCACUUCCACGUCGGGCAUUGUCAAUCCGGAAUCCACGUGCUUCACGCUCGACAAUGGCGCCCUCAAGCCGCUGGCCACGGCUCUCAAUAUCAAUGCGCUCACGGGCAAUGCCACGCCCACGGCCACGCCCAAUCCUAUGGCCAGCAACAGCAGCCAGCAGCAGCUGAGCCUGCCCGCACAGGAGCCAGAGCGUUCAAGCGGCAUGGAGCCGGAACCCAAGAGCAGUCCGCCGGAGCCAAAGCGCAAGGAAGCCGCCGGCACACGUGAGACUACGCCGCUGGAUCUGUCGCUGCGCCGCUCGCCAAUCGCCGCGCUGCUCCAGCGCCAACGGCUGGUGCGUUCCGCCGCGCUGCUGGACGCCGAGGAGGCGCUACUGGGCGCUGCCAAGGAGAAUCUAGAGAGCGGAGUCGGCGGCAGCGUCACGCCGGAGCAAAUAGUGUGCGCGCCCUCGCUGCCCAGCAGCCCCUCGAUGAGUCCUUCGCCCAAGCGACGCGCCAUCAGUCCGCGCAGCUCUGGUGCAGGCAGCGCUGCCUCCAUGUCGCCGCCGGUGCUGGGCGUGGCCGUGCCACAUCAUCUGCUGGACCAGCUGCCGCCGUUGCGCUCCAUGCUGCCAGCGGACUUUGCGCUAACCGAAUCGCUGCUGGCCAAAACGAAUCCCGAGCUGGCGCUCAAGCUGGCAGCCGCCGCCGCCGCAGCCGUCGCGGGCAGCAGCACCAGCGCCGAGCUGGCCACCAAGCUGGGCUUUCCCGCCAGCGCUGCUGCCAAUAGCGUCGCACCCGGCGGCCAGCAGCCGCAGAUCUAUGUCAAGCAGGGCGUUUCCAAGUGCAAGGAGUGCAACAUUGUCUUCUGUAAAUACGAGAACUAUUUGGCCCACAAGCAGCACUAUUGCUCCGCGCGCAACCAGGAGCCGACCGGCGAGGCUGAUCCCAAGAUCGGCGCUGUGACACCACCCGCGGCGGCGGAUCGCAGCGGACCAGGCGCCGGACCGGGCGGCGCGGAGACCACGCCCGUGGCCUACCAGCAGCUCAUCUGCGCCGCCUGCGGCAUCAAGUACACCUCGCUGGAUAAUCUGCGCGCCCAUCAGAACUAUUACUGUCCCAAGGGCGGGGCAGCGGCAGCAAGCGCGGCGGCGCCCGCUGAGGCGGCAACUGUGCCCCAGCUCAAGGAGAAGUGUGCCAAGUGCAAGACGCUGCAUGAGCCGGGCCAGCCCUGCGCUGUGCCGCCGCCGCCUCUGCCGGCAGCCACGCCCCAGCUGCCGGCCGCCGUCGUCGCCGGCUCGAACAGCGUGAACAAGUGUCCGGUUUGCGGCGUCAUCAGCCCGACCGCGGCGCUGGCACGCAAGCACAUGGAGAUGCACGGCACAGUGAAGGCGUUCCGCUGCAGCAUCUGCCAGUACAAGGGCAACACGCUGCGCGGCAUGCGCACCCACAUACGCACCCAUUUCGACAAGAAGACCAGCGACGUCAACGAGGAGCACUACAUGACCUGCAUCUUCGAGGAAGAUGCAGCCGGACAGGCGGCAGCACAGCCGCCGCCGCCGCCAGCCUUGAGCCUGGAUCUGGCCGGACAGGUCGAGCAGCUCGAUCAGCAUCCGGCCCAGCUCUUCAACUGCGAUCACUGCAACUAUGCCUCCACCUACAAGGGCAACGUGCUGCGCCACAUGAAGCUGCUGCAUCCGCACGUGGCCCUCAGUUCGCCCUCCAUUUCGCCUGAGUCGCGCGAACUUGACGCCAAUCCGCAUGUCCUGCCCGAAGUAGCCCUGGUCAAUGGCGAGCGCGAGGCCAGCUUCCACAUCAAAUCGGAGCCCUUGGAGCAGCCGGUGGCCACGCUAAGUCUGGUGCAUGAGAACAACAAUUCGCCGAUUGGAACGCCGCAUACGCACAUCAAGGCCGAGCCGCUGGACAUGGGCAUGGAGCUGUCGACGCCCGCGCUGCCACCGCCGAUGGCCAACUCGCCGCUCGGCCCGAGCGCUGCGGAGGCCAUGAAGAAAUACUGUUCCACCUGCGACAUAUCGUUCAACUAUGUGAAGACUUUUCUGGCGCACAAACAAUUCUACUGCAAGAGCAAGCUGCAUCGACCCGAGGCCAACGACAGCCCCAGUCCCACAGUGAUCGUCGGUGGUGGCGGCGUCGUUGGUGGUGUUGGGGGAAACACCACCAUGUUGCCGCUGCAGUCGCCCAGCGAGCUGCUCCUGCUGCAGAAGAACAAGGAGAACCUGCAGGAGGCGGCCAUUUGAGAGAGCCAGCUGAUGUGGGAGCUGCAGCGCAAGCAGCUGGAAUGGUACUACAAGUGCUUCUAACCGGACCACAUAAAACGCAACCACCAGCACCACCAACACCACCGACACGAUAUCGAAAGUAUUUGCGGAGAAUCUCCAGCUGUGCCGCCUGCCAGGACACGCCGAUAGAUAGAUCCAGAUUAAUCAUAACCAGGCAAUAUAGAUAUACAUACAUGAAGACAACCACACCUAGAUAGAUAUAGAUGUAGAUAUAGAUCAAGAUAUAUACUAUAUAUGUAUCUGUACCGUAGAAAUCAUGACAUAUAAUGCAUGCCAAAGCUUACCACUAAGAGAAGAAACCAUAAUCGAAGUGCAAGAAACUACAAGUUUUCGAUAUCUAUAGCAUAGAGUUUAUCCUGGGGACUAUGCUCUCCCUCUCUCCAGUUCUCUCUGAGAACCUACCCAAUAACCAUUUUGGGCUAAACGGUAAAUAAUCCUAAUAGAUCCAAUAAUAUGCAUAAUUAUUAUUGUACAUCGUGACGCGUCUAAAGCCCACAAACUUAUAUAACAAAUAAAACUGUGUAAUUUAAACAUAUAUA